UUUUAUAGUUAUUUACCACGAUGAAUAACUACAACCUUUUCUACCAAUAUCAAGAAUAUUUUCAUAGCGAUCAUUACCACACCACGAUAUUUGUGAAUCUUUAGUCCUAAUUCAUCAUUGUGAGCCGUUGAUGUGUCUGUGACGACGAUAGUCGACACAUCAAAUUCAAGGACCCAAUACCGAAUAUGGCCAUGAAAAGUCACGCGAUCAAAAGUGCAGAGGUGCCAAACGAAGGGAGCUGCAGAGUAAUGUGUUUGAUGGAGCCUAAUUGUGUGUCCAUCAAUGUUGGACCUGUUGUAGGAGGAAACCAAAAAUGCGAGUUGAAUAACGCCACGGAGGAAAACCAUACCCCAAUUUUUCUCGUGAACAAUCCGGGUUACACAUAUCUUGCAAUUGAGAAUCCAUGCAACAGCAGCCCAUGCUUAAACAGUGGCACCUGUCAAGCUGGAUUCACCUAUAAAGGUUUUCGUUGUGUCUGUCGGGAAAGAUUCGGUGGAGAAACUUGCCAAAUCAGUAAAGUUAAGAGAAACUGCGCAGAAAUCUUUAAAUCCACGGGUAAACCAACUAACGAUGUGUACACCAUUAAACCUGAUAAUUUGUCUGCCUUUGAUGUAUUAUGUGACCAAGUAACAGCCGGUGGAGGGUGGACAGUGUUCCAGAAAAGACUGAACGGCUCGGUUGAUUUCUACCGCUACUGGAACGACUACAAACAUGGCUUUGGUGACCUAAAAAGUGAAUUUUGGUUGGGACUGGACAAGAUUCACCGGCUGACCUCAGAUAAUAAGAGCAUGCUACGUGUGGACUUGGAGGACUUUGAAGGGAAUACUCGAUAUGCUGAGUAUAACAUGUUUGGUGUUAUGAGUGAGAAAGACAAGUACAAGCUGAUCCUUGGCUCUUAUUCAGGAAAUUCUGGUGACUCUCUUGCUCUACAUCGCGGUAUGCCAUUCACCACUAAAGAUCAAGAUAAUGACCAUCAUGGAGAUUACAACUGCGCCAUUAAGUACGAAGGAGCCUGGUGGUACGAGAGGUGUCACCGCUCGAAUCUCAAUGGUUUAUAUCUUCGUGGCCAGCACUCCUCCUUUGCUAAUGGAGUGAACUGGAAACACUGGAAAGGACAACAUUACUCUCUAAAGAGAACCGAGAUGAAAAUAAGACCAGUGGAUUUCUGAACCGUCAUGUUUAUGGCACAACAAUGAUACAGUUCCAACUUAACAAAGGAAACGAGUGUCUUG